GUCAGUCGCUCCAUUCCAAAUCAGGAAGCGACCUCCGUUUUAGAAAUACACUGCCAGCUCGUUGCCAAUUCCGCUACUUCACUCCUGUCACUUACUUACACCACCUCUCCUUGCCAAACCGAAAGCAUUAUUAAAUAGCUACUCAACACAUUGCAUUUGGCUUGCGCUUCGAGAGCGUCGUCUUUGACAACGUCGGGGCCUUACCGCGCACCAUUUACACCACCGAGCACAGCAUAUUGUAGCUUCAACAUUCUGCGGAGGCUUGAGCCUUCGCGGCGGGCGUCCGCAGGCUCAAUGCGGCCCGCUCGCCCAGCCUUUCCUCUGGCGCUGGCGCUGGCACUUUUAGCUUUCGUGAUACGCGCUGGGGCUACACUUGGAGUGGGAAUCACCGAACCUGUCUUGAACAAGCCUUUGCCUUCAGGCUUCCGCGUUACAUGUUUUGAUGGCCAGGAGUUGAUUUUCACCAAUGACAACUACACGAACGGAGUCCUCGUGGCAGCGGAUGCGUACGCCUACCCGGUGGGGCAGUGCCGCCGCUGCCCGGCGGGCACGGCGACUAUGGACGGGUUUCGCUGCAUCCCCUGCCCUUCGGGGUACUGGAGUGACGAGGGGGCCCGGGAAUGCAUCCCAUGCCCGGUGGGCACCAUCACUGUGUCGACGCCAAAGGGCACGUCAGGGCCUAGCCGGACGUACGACCAAAUACAGCGGCUGAACGCGGGCGCUGGCUCCUGUCGCAAGUGCCCGCCCGGCUACUUCCAGCCAGCGCUGGCAGGGACCGUGUGUCUACCGUGCCCUAGUGGCUUCACGUCCACGCUGGGCGCGGAGGGGUGCUCGCCGUGCCAGGAGGGCACCUUCCACGGCGACGGCUGGCAGCUGGCGGCCAACGGCGCGUACGGCGCCCGCGGCAUGCGCAACGCCAGCGGCGGCACGGGCGGCAGGGAGGCCAGUGUGGUGGAGCUGGCUGAUAUCACCGGCAUCGUGCCCACCGCGGGUGUGGAGUACACGGUGCUUCCCAACACCUGCAUCGCCUGCCCGCGCAACACCUACCAGCCGCUCAAGGCGCAGGCCGCCACCGGCAGCCUGGGACUGGGCGCGUUCAGCGCCUGCAGGCGCUGCGAGGACGGCUGGUGGUCGCCGCCCGGCUCCGCCUACUGCCAGCCCUGCCCCGCCGGCUCCUACCGCAACUCCUACUUCGACGGCACCGUCCAGCUGUCCAACGCCGCCCAGAGCCUCACCUACAACCUGGCCAACGAGACGGCGCCCAACACGCUCGCCUCGUGCUUCCUGUGCCCCAAGGGCACCUUUGCACCCGACCCCGGCGCCUCUGUGUGCCAGCCCUGCCCCGCCGGCACGCACGCCGCCGCCACCGGCUCCACCGGCUGCAACCGCUGCGGCGCCGGCACCAACUCCCUGUACGGCCUGCGCGGGCAGCAGCUGUCCUGGCAGUCCAACAUCGCCACCGGCCCCACCGCCGCCUACUACACCUACACCAUCUCCGGCUUCGACAAGGCGCUGUACGUGGGCGGCGGCGCGGCGCCCGGCAACCGCAGCGCCUGGCGGCUGCUGCGCAACGCCACCACCGAGGACCGCAACUUCUGGCUGGCGGGCAAGGGCGAGCCGUGCGCCUACAACCUGCCCGGCUACUACACGGACGUGGAGGGGCUGCCGGUGCAGCUGCCCUGCAAGCCCGGGUACUUCUCGCCGGAGCCCUACACCGACAAGACCAAGUGCUUCACCUGCACCUUCGGCACCUUCAACGAGGAGUUCGCGCAGCCCAUCUGCAAGGCCUGCUGGCCGGGCUCCUUCGCCAGCCAGCGCGCCAUGACCAAGUGCGAGAUCACGCUGCCCGGCUACUUCACCAACCCCAACCCCGUGGCGCGCAACGCCACCUACGACCUCACGGUGCUCACCACCACCGCGCCCAACAUGACGGAGCUGGUGGCGGGCCAGUCCGCGCCCACGCCCUGCGGCCUGGGCUACUACCAGCCCGAGUACGAGAAGAGCUACUGCCUGGCGUGCGCCAACGGCACGUACGCGGACGUGGUGGGGCUGCGCACGUGCAAGGACUGCCAGGCGGGCAGGUACCAGCCCUCCACGGGCCAGGCGACCUGCUUCCAGUGCGACAUGGGCUGGUACUCGGACUACGGCUCCGACCGCUGCACGCGCUGCCCCGCCGGCUGGAUCACGCCCGCGGCCGGCACCGCGCGCUGCAGCCGCUGCAAGGCGGGCUUCUACGCGGACAAGCCCAUCGGCGCCACCGCCUGCCGCUCCUGCCCGCGCGGCUACUACGGCCCCUACGAGGCAGCCUACAGCGCGGACGGCUUCACGCCGGAGGGCCCUCGCGGCUGCUUCAAGUGCAACUUUGACACCUACACCAACCGCGGCGCGAUGACGUACUGCAACAACUGCACCGACCUGCUGCUGAGCACCGGCAACGCGGUGCCCACCUGCACCGAGACCACGGGCGCAAUGCGCUGCAAGCCCUGCUCCAUGCUCAUCAACCGCGUCGAGAACCGCACCACCAUAUUCGUGCCGCCGCCGCCCAACCCCUCGCCGCCGCCGCCGCUGCCGCCAUCACCGCCCCCACCCAGUCCUCCGCCGCCAAGCCCCAGGCCCCCCAGCCCCCGGCCACCCAGCCCCCGCCCGCCGUCACCCGCUCCGCCCAGUCCCUUCCCGCCCUCGCCCAGGCCGCCCUCACCGGCGCCGCCGAGCCCUCGACCACCAUCACCGGCGCCACCGACGCCGCCGCCCUCGCCACCGCCUCCCGGCAACCCCGCGCUGCCGGCUGGUCAGGGCGUGUACGUGGCUGGCGACAACCCCGCGGGGCGCCGGCGGCGACUCAUGAUGGGCGGAGCUGCUUCCGGCGAGCAGGACCAGGAGCAGGAUGAAAUGGAGGUGACGGAUGAGGCUAUGUUGGCGGAGCGGUUGCGGGCGCGGCAGCUGCACCAGUCGCAACAGCAGCAACGACAACAGCGGCCCCUGGAGCUGGAGGACCUGGCGGAGGAGGCGGAGCUGUUGCGGCUCAUGGCACAGCUGCCGCAAGAAGAGCGCGGGACUGGCGGGCAUGCCGGCGGCGCGUGAGGGCUUAGGUUCAGGUUUGUGGCCGGGCGGUCUUUGCGUCGGCGCUGGGGCGCCACGGUGUUAGAUUGUUAGUGGUGCGGUCGUGAAGGCUUGUGGAGGACCAUCCUGAGCAAGCGGCUGUGAUGCCGCGCACAAGCUGCAAAAGCUUGGUUGCGCGGAUGUAGAUGCCCGAGUCGCAUGGCGGCCCUUGCAGCGGCGGCCUGGGCCCUGAAACUUGUGGGCCGGUGCAGUGGUGGCAGUGCGUGGCUGGCAAAGCCAGGCUGUGAGAACAUGGAGGCUUGUGGCCGCAUGACUGACACACAUGGGGAUGCGAUGCGUGCGGUCGUGGGUGGGAGCGGACUUGGGACCAGAGCUGAAGGUUAGACAGGGCUGUGCUUCAUGUGAUUCUUGACAGUGAUGACUACUAUGACACUAGGGAGUGUUUAAAUGCAUAUUCAUCCACGUAUAUGCCGUGCCAUCAAGGAGCCUUUUGGCGCAUUCGGGACUCCCAGAGAUACGGCAGACGAUGCACAUGUGAUACAGGGAGAGGUUGUUCCUCCCCAGCGUUGGGCCUGCGCUAGCAGCGAGCGGUGAACGGGCGAUGAUGGUGAAGGGAGUGCUGAUAUGUACCGUAUGCUUGCCGCCAGAGUGGCACAUGUAAAUGCGAGAGCUAUCAACGAGAUGGGGAGGAUGUUAAGCAGUGUGAAGCAGGGGCACAUGACUGCCUACUCUCGUGCCGCCUGCAAGCCCACUCCGCCUUCCG